CUGAAGUAUGCAUGACGCCCAACUGCUUGCGAACAGCCGCCCGAUUGGUUGAGAACAUGAACACGGACGCUGACCCAUGUGAAGAUUUUUACGAGUACGCGUGCGGAGGUUGGCUGAAGAACACCGUGCUGCCGCCCGAGGCUGGGCGGGUCAGUUCCUUCAGCGCACCGUCAGCUUUCAUCGUCUCCGCCAUGAGAAGUCUCCUGGAAGCUACAAACUUCGAGUCAGAUGUAGAAGCCAUACAGAAGGCAAGGGCAUUCUACAAGUCCUGUCUCAACGAAGUAACCUUGGACUUGAAAGGUGCCCAGCCACUGCUUGACCUACUCCAGGAGCUGAACGGUUGGCCCGUGCUGGACGACGAUUGGUCAGACGACAGUUGGGACCUUUUGGACACUCUGGUCAAGUUGCGCAUGCGCGGUAACAGCCUGUUGUUCAGCAUGUACCUCACAAGAGACGAUAAGAGUUCUUCCAAUUACAUCCUUGCGUUUGACCAGGCGGGCCUUGGGCUUUCAAGUGAAGUCUAUUACCUUUCAGACAGCUAUGAAGGGAUUCGACAGGCAUACCUAAACUAUUCAGUAAACAUUGCAGCGAAACUGCGACAAGAUGGAAAUCGCACAGUGGCGCUGCAGCAAAUGCAGGACAUGUUGGACUUUGAAAUAAAGCUAGCUGAGAUAUUGACCCCUCCAAGCGAGCGACGUGACCCGGAAGCACUCUACCACAAGAUGACGUUAGCUGACAUGUCAGGAUAUUUUGACUUCCCAUGGGUGGAAUUCGUCAACCGUGUUGUCGGGGAGGCGGUUGGGGAGGAGAUCACAGCGACUGAGGAGAUCCUGGUGUACGCGCCUGAGUACCUGAUGUCUCUCGGACCGCUCCUACAACAGACUGACAACAAGACUGUUGCUAAUUACAUCAUUUGGCGGAUGGUACGCAAUCGGGUGUCUUACAUGGGUUCCGAGUUCUUGGCGAUCAGGGACGAGUUUAACCGAGUCGUGUUCGGAACCGAGCCGUCGGCAAGAUGGACGACCUGCGUGGGGCGCACCAACAGCAUUAUGGGUACCGCUGUCAGCCGGAUGUACCUUCUGCGGUACUUCGAGGAAAGUAGCAAGGACAAGGCGGAGGUGAUGAUAGACUAUAUCCAUGACGCCUUCCUGGAACUUCUGGACGAAAAUGACUGGAUGGACGAGGAAACCAAAGUCGUCGCCGCUGAAAAGGCGGAUUCCAUGAGACGUUUUGUUGCCUAUGACGAUUACAUCAUGGACAAUGUGACUCGUCUGAACCAGGAAUAUGAAAUGCUGCGAUUCGACGAAGACGAGUAUUUUGAAAACUACGUGCACUACCUGAUGGCCACUUCCAACAAUACCUUCAGCUUCCUGAGGAAACCGGUCAACAAAGACACGUGGAUAACGGUCCCGACUGUUGUGAAUGCAUUCUACUCUCCAUCAGGAAAUUCUAUAAGUUUUCCGGCAGGAAUUUUGCGGUCUCCGUUCUAUGAUGGAGACUACCCCUGGUACUUGAAUUUUGGAGGUAUUGGUGCUGUCAUUGGUCACGAGAUCACACACGGGUUUGACGAUUCAGGACGUCAGUUUGACAAGAACGGUAAUCUUGAGCACUGGUGGAACCAGCACAUCACCGACAGCUUCAAAGAGAAAGCCCAGUGCAUGAUCGACCAGUACAGCAACUACAUAGAUCCUGAGACAGGCGAUCUCAAGCUAAACGUCAGCGGACGGUUGACUGCUGGUGAGAACAUUGCGGAUAAUGGUGGUCUGAAGCAGACCUUCAGGGGAUACAAAAAGUGGGCAGCAGCCAACGGACCUGAACCCAUGUUGCCCGGACUGUCUUUGACUCCGGAGCAGCUACUUUUUGUCAACUUUGGCCAGACAUGGUGUGCGAAGGCCAAUCAGCAAACCGCACAGAGGUUACUUUUCACAGACAAUCACAGUCCAGGCAGGUUCCGUGUGAUCGGCAGCUUGUCCAACAGUCGUGACUUUGCGGAGGUGUUCAGUUGCCCUCCAGGAUCCCCCAUGAACCCACGCCUGAAGUGUACUGUGUGGUGAAGCCGGCAGGUUUUUCUUCAACAAGUUUCAUCCCCAUGUUUUUCUAGUAUGAGACUCCUGAUGCAUUCCA